AUGCUCCCUCAUCAACAGCGCAAGCUCAGCUACUGUGGCUACGAUCGGAAGGCGCCGGAUCGAUGCAUGGGCGAGGAGCGCUACCGGCUGGUCGUGCUCGGCUCCGCCAAGGUUGGCAAGACGUCACUGAUACGGCAGUACCUCUACCACGAGUUCUCCGAGAAGUACAAGGAGACGAUCGAGGAUUUGCAUUCCAGGCAGUUCAGGAUUCAGGGAAUCCCCCUCCCUCUCGACAUCUUGGACACCAACUUCAACUUCCCGGAUAUGAGACGGUUGGCCAUAUCGACAGCUUCCGCUUUUUUGCUGGUAUUCUCGGUAGAUGAUGUGCAGACGUUCAAGGAGAUGUCCGAUCUGUGGCAAGAGAUCUGCGAUCGGCGUCCGGAUAUUGCACUCCUGCCUACCGUAGUCGUUGGGAACAAGUGCGAUUUGGGGUCGAAGAAGAUAUUCGAAGCUACCGCUACUGCUUUUACAAAGCGUUUGAGUGGAGAUGUACGAUAUUUAGAGGUCUCGGCCAAGAACAACCUCCGUGUCGUCGACAUUUUUCGGCAACUCCUGGAAAUUUCCGGAUUUCCCAGAUGCAAGGGUAUUAACCUUCCCACUCCUCUCAAGGCUUCCGGUGGACGGCUUGAAGACCUCGGUGAGGAGUCGAAGGAAGGUUCUCCGAUUUUGAGAAGAUAUAACACAACGAGGGAACGGCCGACGAAUCGGCAAAUCUUCAUGCACAAGGAAGCGUUCAAGGAAAACGAGGUCCAGGCCAAGGAAAGUCCACCGUUGAACCACCAAGCUUCCCAUCCACUACUCUCCCUUUCCGAACGAAUCCUUGGCCACAACGACCUGAAGCGGAAUCGAUCGUUAAGGAUGAAAUCGCCACGUCGUGAGAAGGACACCAUCGAAAAGAAAUCGUUGGAUGAUACCGAGACAAAGCCGCUGAGCCGCUCGGGGAGUCUGAUCCGCCGAACCAAACAUCUCAGCCUCAAGAUGCGCCGCCAUGGGGAUAAGCAGGAAAGCCCGCAAGUCGUUGACGAAAGCGAUUGCCGGAUACAG